AUGCCGGAUCAGGAAGCCUCCACCGUAGCACGCGCCCUGUACGACCAGUGGAUUACGCGAUUUGGCACACCCCUGUGGAUUACCACAGACCGCGGCAGACAGUUCGAGUCGCAUCUUCUUAACCACCUAAACCGAAUGCUGGGCACAACCCACUUGAAGACAACGGCGUAUCAUCUCGCCGCCAACGGCAUGGUCGAGCGUUUACACCGCCAACUAAAAGCAGCGAUCAGGUGUCAACAAAAUGUGCGCUGGACGGAAGCUCUGUCCACCGGUACAGUCACCGAGAUGUUAUAUGGCCAGUCUCUCCGUCUCCCCGGAGAAUUCCUCAGGUCACACCGCUCCGACGACGACACCAGCAACCCUGUCGAUGAAGCAUCACGACACAACAAAGGGGAAAUCUUCGUAUUCAAAGACCUAGCCACCACGGACCAGGUAUGGAUACGUGGCGACAGCCCUAAACACCUUCUGCAGCAACCCUAUGAUGGUCCCUAUCGAGUUGUGAUCCGGAAAGACAGAACUUUCGUUGUCCACAUCAAUGGACGCAACGUAACCGUUUCCAUCGACCGACUCAAACCAGCUUACGUAAUGACGGAAGAUGCAACCACUUCAACCAGCACUUCCGUGACAACAGCAGACGAGCAGGCACACACGUCUGCAGACAGCAGUCAUGAGGAUCCACCAGCUAGUACGACACCAUUACCGACGCAUCGCACCUCCAGGUCCGGUAAACGCGUCCGUUUCCCGGAUCGGCCCCAAGGUGGAUUUUCGUAA